GUGCGACUCGCACAAUGUCAUGUGUCACAGAGACGUUGAUCAGCAGUAUAAAAUGAUUGCCUUAUGUAUCAAAGAACAGUCUUAAUAAAGGUUCGUCGGAUUCAAGAACAAACGCCACCAUGAAAACCCAAUCCUGCUUGAUUGCUGUCGCCAUGAUUGUUACGAUGGUAAUGGCGGAGGAUUGCCCAACCAACACCGUAAAUGCAGAAUGCACCCAUAUGACUUGUGCAGACGGUUUCCACAAGGAAUGCAUAAACAGUAUGUGUACGUGCUCAACCAACUCAGGAUACGUGCUACAAACCGACUGCCGUGACACCGCGGAUCGAACCUGCAACAAGAGGUGGCACUGCGUAGACAACUGGUGUCGCUGCUUCUGAACAACCGCAGGAUGCUCGUUCAUAAAAUAAUGUGAUCUGCUGUAAUUGAUGAUGACUUAAAUAGAGUUCCGGCGGUAUAAAGUUAAAAGAUU